AUGGACGAAGCAGAACUUAACGCGAUUAGAUCGGCCAGAUUGGCAGAACUUCAAAAGAAUUCCGGUCAGCUGACAGGUGCAUCGGGCAGUCAACCUGAAUCCCAAAAGGAUCAAAUGAAAACUUCGAUGAUGGCACAAAUUUUGGAACCAGCAGCAAGAGAAAGACUUUCCAGAGUAAGAAUUGUACGUGCCGACCGUGCUGAGGCCGUGGAACAAUAUCUCAUUAAACUCGCAUCUACUGGUUCGAUCACCAGAAAGAUUUCAGAAGAUGAUUUGGUUGAAAUUCUUGACAGUUUGUCAAGAGAUGAAAAGAAACAAACCCAAUCCAAGAUUGUUUUCAAUAGACGUACUACUGUAGACGAUGAUGAUGAUGAUUUUUUCGAUUAG